CCAGUCCCAGAUUCGACCUCGAGUGGCAUCCUACUAAUAGCUCAAUGUCCUGAAUCAAAUCUAUGACUUUAUAAAAUACUUUUAGUCCCAGUUUCUAGCUUGGAUAUUUUCCGUGUUUACUUUGGAUCGCAAUUCUAGAACCACCCCCCACCCCCCAUCCAAGCGAGACUUGGCUACGACGAUCCAGGAGGUCACUCGACCUUGACCGCGAGUCGCUCAAUACGUGACGUCCUCACAUCUCACAGAAAAACGCCCACUUCAACCAUUUCAAAGGAAGUUACACCACAGACACAGACACAACCAUCCAAGUGAAAUGAAGCCUUGCGAUACAAUAUCAUCUGCGUGAUGGGAAACCUGGGCGACCUGUCGCCAGGAGGAAGCGUAGCUAUUGGAAUUCUCGUUGGUCUCAUCUCGACCAGCGUGCAGAGUCUCGGCCUCACCCUCCAGCGCAAAUCACACUUGUUAGAAGACGAGAAAGAUCCUUAUGAUGUGCGACGGCCUCCAUACAGAAGGCGGCGGUGGCAGCUUGGGAUGGGAAUGUUCAUUAUAUCCAAUAUUGUCGGGAGUACCAUUCAGAUAACGACCCUACCAUUACCUGUUCUUUCGACGCUCCAGGCUUCUGGACUGGUCUUUAACUCGAUAUGCGCCACGUUGAUUUUGGGGGAGCCUUUCACUCGCUGGUCUUUGGGAGGAACAUUGCUGGUUUCGAGCGGUGCUGUAUUGAUUGCUAUCUUUGGAGCCAUUCCGGAACCGGCGCAUAGUUUGGAUCAGUUGCUACAAUUGCUGGGCAGGAGGACGUUUGUGAUCUGGAUGAUACUGCAGCUUAUUCUGGUUCUGGCAGUCAUUGCAGUUGCUGGCUUCUUAGCCAGGAUACCGAGCAUUUCCUCAACACCACGAAUACGGUUGUUUCGAGGGCUGGCAUACGGUUCAAUCAGUGGGAUACUGUCAGCUCAUUCUUUGCUGGUGGCCAAAUCAGCAGUGGAGCUCUUGGUCCGUACCAUUAUCGACAGGAUUAAUCAGUUUAACAGGUGGCAGUCUUGGGCAAUUCUCCUCAGUCUGGUCACCCUCGCACUCACACAGCUUUACUACCUUCACCGAGGCCUGAAACUGGUCUCAACAAGCGUCCUCUAUCCCCUCGUCUUUUGCAUUUACAACAUCAUCGCCAUCCUCGAUGGCCUCAUCUAUUUUAAACAAACCGACCGCCUCACAGUUCUCCAAGCCUGCCUCAUAGCUCUCGGCACCGUGAUCCUCCUCUCCGGCGUCCUCGCUUUAUCCUGGCGCCUCUCCGACGAACAAACCCCCUCAGCAGUCUCGCAGAGCGCACUCGCGCCUGGCCUAGGCUUCGUCGAAGAUACCGACAACGACGAAUCAUCCGACUCUCUCAACGCCGAUGAAGAAGCUGCCAUCGGCGCAGAACACCAAGCCCUCCUCCGCAACGAACCCAUGACACCCACCACGAAGCUCGACACUGUGCUAGGGGCUACAAGACACGUCCGCAAGACAGUGCGCGUCACUGAAGCGAAUGAGAUCUGGGGAGAGCUGGAAGAUGAUACAGCGGCAAAACCGCCGUCACCUGCUAGACCACCGAGACGAGCCUCUUCUGGCCUACCGGAAUCUGCUGCAAGAGAUGAGCCCGAUGAGAAUACCUCAUUACUUCGCUCGAAUACCUUCUCUCGGCGCAGAAGGAGACGCUCGACUGGGUUCCCGGGCUUUACGGCUAGACCUUCACCAAGAGGGUCCGGGAGGAGACAUAAAUCCCAGGAUGCAACAGGCGGAUUCUGGAAGAUGAAGUGGUGGAAGAGGGAUGACAGUGGGAAGGGACCUCCUUCUUUGCCACCUAGCUCUGAUGGACCGGGAGCUGGUCCAUCUGGUACUGCUUCAUGAGUUCUGCCUGUCUCCUAUAACUCUCCACUUAAUCUAAAUGUUGGAGUCGUGGAGAAGGAGAGAAUAAUAAAUUUAUAUCACAGUCAAAGCAUAGAAAGCUUUUUGUCCAAGGAUCGGAUCACGGCAAGGCGUUUGGCUGUCUGGCAUCACAACGGAGUUCUCUUAGGGAUAUGAUCGAUGGUGCGUUGGGUUGUAAGCUAUCCAGGAUACAGAGGCGUUUGAUGGAAAGGAGGAACAGGACCCUGGGCUUGGAAGAAAGAAGUUUAACGUUGUGCUUGAAGGAAAGCAGAAGCAGCGCUGUGCCUUAUUCUCUCGAUCACUAUACAAAGUGAAGAGGGGAUCAGUGCGUUAAAGAGCAAGGAAAUGGAAAGGGAAGCAGAGAGAUAGGGCA